UAACAACACUAAUACAGUGUUAAAAUUAUACGAAGCGAGUUCGAGAGAGAAAAAAAAAUCUUUGCCUGAAGUCAGCCAAGCGUCUAGCCCAAAUGUGUAGAAAUGUGAGAAGUGAUUACUAUAGCGCAAAAGGGCAUCGAUCGAUCAUUCUUCCAAUCCGAUGAAGGUACCGGCUUUUCUCCUCUCUGCCGGCGGCAAUUCCACCACAAAUGUGCUGCUGGUCGGGACAAUCUUCCUCCUCGCCUCCCUGCUCGUCAUCCUCGGGACCAAGAGCAGCAGCAGCAGCAGCAGCGUCGAAUUCGUGAUGCCCAUCACACAGUCCUGCGAGAAUUCGUCGUCCAACUUGUCAGUGUCCACGAAUUUCGGCCCAGCUGCGGCGAUUGAUCCAAUUCCUGCGCCAGAGGAGCAGGGGACCGGGAUACACUCCAGCGUCCGGCAUCUCCAUCCAUUCGGCAUCGCCUCCUACAUAUUCGUCCUCACUGGCGGCUAUAGAACCCAGACCAGAUCCUUCGCGGUCGUGGGCCUCGCCGCCAAGUCUCUACACGUCUUUGGCAAGCCCAAUUUCGCGUGCGAAUGGGUGCCCGACUCCACCACCUCGGACUCUCCUUCCAUCUUUGGCAGCGCAAGAAAAAUCUGGCCCGACUGGGGCUAUGGCCGCGUCUACACCGUGGUAGUCGUCCACUGCUACUUCAAAUCCUCCGUGGGCGAGAACGGCAGCGGCGGGCGAUUGAUCCUCCAUGCCGGCGAGAAGGGAUCCGCCACGCCGGCCUCCAAGAUCACCGCGCUUGUGGAAGCGCCAGGAUCAUACUCUCCCUCCCAGUUCCUCCCAAAGUACGACUACCUCUACUGCGGCUCCUCGCUGUUUGGCGACGUCAAUCCACAGCGGCUUCGCGAGUGGAUCGCAUACCACGCCUGGCUGUUUGGACCGAGAUCGCAUUUCGUGCUCCACGACGCCGGCGGCGCGCGAUCCAAGGGCGUGAGAUCAGUGCUGGAGCCUUGGGUCCGAUCGGGCCGAGUGACCGUCCAGGAUUUUCGCGAGCAAGCACGCUUCGAUGGCUACUACCAUAACCAGUUCCUGGUCGUGAACGAUUGCUUGUUUCGCUACAAGCACGCCGCCAAUUGGACCUUUUUCUUCGACGUGGACGAGUACGUACACGUUCCCGGCCCAUCCACGUUGGGUUCCGUGCUGAACGAGCUUGGCCAAAAGUACUCUCAGAUCAUCUUUAAGCAGACCCCCAUGGGCCACAAUGUGUGCAUCGACAGCAAUCGUACGAACUUAUCUAGACAAUGGGGAUUUGAGAAGCUGGUUUUCAUCAACGUCAACGUCCAAAAAACGUUGCAUCUCGAGCGAAAGUACGUAUUGCGAGCGCCACUAGCAGAUUCCGCAGGAGUCCAUCUCUCGCAGAAUAUAAGAGGGAAGAGCAUCUACUCGAAAGACCAGAUUUCUUACUACCACUUCCACAACACCAUCAGCGAACACCAGGAGAAUUGCCGAGAGUUUGUCAAGGUUCCCAAGCACAAGACUUCCAAAGUGUGGCUCAACAAAGUCCCGUACCUUUAUGACGAUAGAUUGAGCUCUUUGGCUGAUAAGGUGAAGGAGUUUGAGCUACAAACCAUUGGUCCAGUAACACUGUAGAGAAAAAAGAUUAAACAGGUCAGAGCCAUUCUUUGUAAAGGACUAGAAACUUAUAUGAUACCCGAGGCCAGCUGGCCCAUACAGGAUU